AUUCUAAAUUUAAUAUAGACCCGAUGAUUGAGAGAUAUGAUCAAUUGCAAUUCAACUUUCGACUUCACUUUAACGGCGGUGUCAUCGAUGCUAUCGUGGUUCUCGCGAUGUGUCCACCAUCCACAGGGUCGCUCGUUUCGCGGAUCGCACGCUAGAAUAGGGAAGAGCGUGGCCACGUGCCGUGAAGCGCCCUACCUAUCUCGGUCCCGACUUUCCACGAAAUUCGCGGCAGAAAGCCGCGACAAGGAGGACAGAGACAUCGGGCUGAGGGGAAGAAGAAGAAGAGGAAGAAGAAGAGAGAAUAGACCGUCUAACAGGAUCAAUUCGGAGCUCUCCCCGCCUCUCCUUCUCCAUUUCUUUCUCUCUUUCGCGGACGACUCGACGAUGCUGUAUUUAGACCACGGGGGUCGUGGCUGCGCGACCCCAGACGCCGCGACGCCGGCAUUGUGCCCCGACGCUAAUUUUACAAUAGCUGUCUCACACACCGCCAGACGCGCCAACGAGAGGAGCACGUGUGGUGGCUGCAGCAAGUCUCGACGUUCCUCGCAAACGACAACGAAGACGAAGACGACGACGACGACGACUACGACGACUACGACGACGACGACGACGAUGAUGACGACGCUUUGGAAGCUAACUGGUUGAGUCGCGCGCGUUGUCGACAUCGACGUAAAAGAGAGAAAAAAAGAGCGUCUCCGAGCAGACGCACGAAGGAGAAAGAGAGAGAGAGAGAGAGAGAAAGAGAAAGAGCGGAGGUGGUACAGGAUGAGCGCGGCAUCGUCGAGGCGUAAAGUUAAUCGGUGUAACUUUCGAAAGAAGAAGAGAGAAAAGAUUGAGUGACCGAGGAGGGUGGGGUCGGAAAGUAAUAUCGUAUCAGUUCGAUCUCAAAUAUUGUGACUAAAUAUAACGGCACGAUGGAUGCGGAGUAUAAUGCGUAUGCGUGUACACGUAUGUUGCGUGACUUCAAGAUUGCGGCGACUACCAGGUUCUAUUACCUGAGCCCACGGGAAGGCCCGCCUCUCACGUUACUCGUUAGCCCGUGCAGCGGCCCGAUAUCUUGGACGGUCAGUUACGUGGAGCCGCCCGAAAAUGAUCAGGAAGCGGAAGGAGUAAAGUCGCAAACGCGGUGGCCCGUGAAGACUCUGAAGCCGGGCUCGCCUCUCUUCACGUACGUGGGCGCGGACGACCAAAAUUUCACGAUACCAAAGACACGGGCCGGUCUGUACUGGUUCGAGAUCAAGUCCGUGGAGUCCGCGAGCAACGUCUCGACGGAACCUGGCACGGUGCUCCUGUACGCGACGUCCAGCGCCCUGGACUACGUACCAGGUGUGCUGUACGCGAAUGAGAAGGAGCACCGACAUCGCUCGCUGAGAUUUCAGCAGCGGCGCAGUAAACGACGCCUGACGAUAUCCUGGAACAAAAGCCACGUAGAUCCUCAUCUCUCAAACUACUGUUUAGCUGUCACUUCGGGCUCGCAGCCGCACCCGUCGACGCUCUGCGCCGCGCAGAGCGUUCUAAAAGUUCACCCGCACUCGACUUCAAGAAUCGCCUCGAAGGAACAUCAUCAUCGGGGCAUCCCGGAAGGUCUGCACUGCGUGCGACAGACCAAGUUAACGCUUCAUAGGAUGAGAUACGACACUACGUACAACUUUACUUUAUACGUGGUAAACACCCGGAAUAACGUUUCAAAUCGGGUCGCCAUCGACUCAAUCAGAUUCAAAAAGACGCCGGAGCUGACGUUACGUACCGGUCAUUACACUACCGCCAAUCUACGAAAAACAGACGGUUUCGUCAAUUUCCGUUACCGCCCGCCAGACAACACCUCGAGCACCUUUCACAUACUUCCCUGCGGCGGAGGCAUCGUGAAGGCGAAAUUGAGCGGACAAGGAAUAUUGCGGGAAAAAGAGGUGGUUGGAUAUGCCUCAUUACGCGUCCCUCCUCUACCUCCCGGUAAAACGUACACGUUACGUAUAUCGACCACACCGCAGGAACUAGUUCGAGUAUCUACGAUAAAAGUACUAGCCACACAGGAGUCAUCGACCAUUUAUCCGCAAAUACCAUCUAGAAGCCCGCCGCGCGAGUACCGAUCCCUGAGGACCUGCCACGAGGUGACGAUAGGCGUGGAACCGGCCGGCGCCGCGAAGUACUGCAUCCUGGUGAAGGAGCUGCGGAGUUCCUCGUCCUUGACCAGUGUCACGACUGUGCCCGAUCAGUGCGGGCUUCAUCGGCGCAGGCGGUCCGAAUACACGUUCGAGGUGUGCGAGGAGAAGCCUAGCCCUCCGAAGGAUCGCGCGCUGCCGUUCACCUUGAGGAGGCUACAACCCGGCAAGGCCUACCUCCUGCAGAUCACGGCGCAGCUCAAGGGCCAGUCCUUGUCCUAUCCGCUGCUGGGUGUGCGCACGCGACGUUCCUGCGUAACGUAAUCCACGUGAUUCCUGUCAAGCGAGUACUAUAUAAUAGCGACGCGAUGAUAAUCCACCGUCGGUGAGUCCAGGGUCAACUUAUUUUCAUUAAACAUUAAUAAGAAAAGAGACAGCCGUUCGCACGAUAUUUCGAGAAUCGAGGUAUAUCGUGAAUCGUUUAUUUUGAUAACGAUGCUCGAUCUGAAUUACAUAAAUCUAUAUUAAAUAUUAAAGUAGAUGUCACGUUAAAUAUUUAUAUCCUUCAAAAUUGUUCCUUAACAAAAUGUAAGUACAAAUAUGUGCGAUUAUACGUUAUAAAGUUUUUGGUCGAUAAAUAUAUCUUUUUCGUAUUAGUUUAUCUUGCUGUUAAAUUCGAUCGCCAACCAGACGUGAGACAUUGUAACAGGUCAACGAAUAAAUAUAACACGCGUGAGGAAGAAUUGCUUCCGGAUUUCAGGAUUUCGUUCGCAUUUCACGUGGCACAGUCAUCUAGUCUAGAUUUUACGACAAUGUAUGUACAAUCAGCACCCGCGGCAAACGCGGAGCGACCAUAAGAUAUACAUGUACAUCAUCAACGUAUAUUUUGAUAUUUACGUAACACGUGUAUGUACAUUCUUUGCAUAAUUAUAAGCCUUUUUAUACGUACACCUUUAUCCUAAAUAAGUACAUUGAAUAUUUUUGCCACUUUUAUGGCUACCUGUGUAUCUGUGAAUAUAAAUUACACACUCGAAAUCGAGAAGACGAAUAAAUAAAUUUAGACAAGUAAUGACAAGUGAUUGCUCACGCUCAAUAUUAUGUAACGCGUGCAUGAUUUUUAAUAAAAAUCCUUUCUCACUCGA